AUGACAAGGAGGAUUUAUACCGCAAACUUUUAUUUUACUGUGGUUGUUACUAUAAGCUGCCUUACUUUGGUGACUUCAGCAAUUGUUCCAGCUCAACAUUCAAGACAUCAUAGAGCMGCAGCUGAAUACAAACCGACUAACGAGGCAGAACCGACUGGUAAUCAACCAAACUCCACAGUCGAACCAGAACCGGAACCAGAGGCUGAAUCUUGGCCUGAACCUGGUCCGAAAUGGAGCGAAGCGUACAAGACUUGGAAAAGUGCUUGGGAAAUACACGUUUACUUGUUUGCCACAAGUUACUUGAUAAUGGGCUUCUAUGCUGCUUAUUACGUGGGUGUUAAUCUCUAUGAUGGUUUGGAAAAGAGGUACCUCAGCUUUAGUCUAAACGUCAUGGUUCUUGUCUUCUGCCUGACAAGGGCCUUCGUCAUGUACCUGGACCCUUAUCACCAGGGGGGCAUUAUCAAGGCAUUACAACUAAUGCGCAUAAUAUGGUCCAUAGGGGGACCUUGUUUAACAGCUUCUGAUUCGCUAAUCAUAUUAGCUAUUCUGGAGUCAAGUCACUUGCGGAUAACCAUCCCUGCCCUUCAGAAGGGAAAGGUGAUCUCGUUGAUCAUAGCCCUCCAUUUUGUGUUCAUCUUGGUAACAGAUUUCGUUGUUUCUUUAUAUGUUUCUGCCAAAGGAAUGAUUCUGUUUUGUCAAACUUUCUACGUAGUGUGGGGCUCAUUGCUUGGGCUGGGAUAUAUAAAACUUGGUUAUGUCUUGGRUAAACAACUGUUUGGUCACAAACCGCAUAAAGACAAGAGAGAUAAGAUCUAUGUGUGGCUCAUCUAUGCUUCUGGUGUCGCCAAUUUCUUUCUAGUCGUUAUCACGUUUUACACAAUGUUUGGAGUAUUUGGAGUGUAUUCUGAUGUUAAAUUUGUCAACGCUUGGAGCUGGUGGGGACUGCAGACAGCUUGGAGAAUCAGCGAAGUCGCAACAUGCAUCCUGAUAUUCACUGUCAGCGCGAAGAGAACAAGAAUAGAGGAAGCAAUCGAARAUAUUGGCGAAGGACCACAGAUUACAACUGUCGAGAGGAAGACGAGCAUGUUUACGCAUAUUGAAUUGGAAACAAAAGCCUUAAACGAACGUUCCGCCCUCUAUAAACCCUCGGGAAGCAUCAACACCGAUGCUAUGAUGGACUCUGAAGAAAGCGUGCACAGUACACAAUUUUAA